UAAUUUGGUCGCGACUUAAACGACAUAUCAAAAUAUAAAAUUACACAGUUGGUUUUCUGUUGAAGUCAUAUGAUAAAAAAGUCACGUGUCAAAAUCCAUUGCGGAAUUAGAAAAUCAAACAAAUGUUCUUUGAAAUGUGCAUUGAUGAAACGUUAAUAAGGAAGGAUAGAAUAGAAUGGCAUCGAAUUUGAACCCGGACACAGAUAUCCGUAUUCUGCUCAUAGGCCGGACAGGGCAUGGAAAGAGUUCAACGGGCAAUACUAUACUUGGACGGAAUGUCUUUCAAGUGUCUGAUGCCUCGACAUCUGAGACGAAAACCUGCAUGUUGUCGACGAUUGUCAAACGAUUUGGAAGGACUGUUGAAGUAGUUGAUACUCCAGGCAUGUUCGAUACCGAUCAACACAAUCACAAAGUUCACAAAGAGUUGUUGAAAUCACUCGCCCUUACUACACCUGGUUUCCAUGCCAUAGCUUUUGUCCUGGAUAGAGAUAAAUAUACAGAAGAAAUACAGAAAACACAAGAUCUCUUUUUCGACUGGUUUGGACCAGGGGUUGAAAACUUUGCUUGCGUCAUUUUAACCAAUACAAAUGAUGAGGCAACAAUGAACAGAUAUUUGAAAAACAAACCUCACCAAAAGCUGACAGAUUUAGUAAAUAAAUGCAAUGGAAGAAUUGUACCAUUAAACAACGAGGCACCAUGUGACGUUACUGAUGGUCAAGUUCAACGCAUUUUUCAGACGAUCGAAGAAAUUAAGAGAACAAAUAACAAUCAUCAUUUUUCAAACGUUGUAUUCAAGCUUGCUGAGGCGUAUGCGAAAAAUAAACGCCCAAAAGUACUAACCGCUGAUUCUAUUCACAUGCUUCAAACGGCUGGAUUGCAAUUCCAUGUCACUGAAAAACAGUGUUCGUACUUUGAUUUUGCUUUCGAUAUUGCAAAGAAAGAAAGCAACAAGGAUGUAGAUCAUUUACAGGAUCAUUCAAGCUAUUCGGAAUCUGAUGACAUCAGCCAAACUGAAGACACUAAGUACCAGAUAUCUAGAACAUAUGGAAAUCUGCCUAUAUUCGAUAGUAGCACUAAUGAACCAAUUUUGAACACACCACAACUUGAUGCAGCGAAACAAUUGAAGCAGAAACGUACUUACAGUUCCAAGGAGCAGGAUGCUUCAUCAACAUGCCCUCGUCUUCCUACCCUUAUCGCCGAAGUCCCGGGAAGGAUAGCCGGCGGAUCAGAUAAGUACCAUACAGAAAAUGAAAUAGAUUACGGAUCGGCAGAUGUUAGUUCACUAUCUAUUGAAUCGAAUAGAUUAAGUAAAGGGCGAAAAGAGGAAAAGAUCCGACAACUUCAAGGUAAACAGACAUAUGACCCUCCUGGACAUAUGAUACCAAAAGAGAUCCAUGAAAAUUCACGGAAAGUGCAGGAAGACGGGAAUCGCAGUCAGAAACCAGGAGGAAGAAGGGCAGGUCGUGUCGUUGACAUGAGCACUGUACACUUUGUUCCAGAGGACAAUUCGCACAAAAGAACACAUGGAAAUCAGCCUUCAGAAGGGCAGAAUCGCAAGUCGCAAAGCUCACGCGCAAACCGUGUAAUUGACCCUAACACUGUUGAGUAUAACCCAGUAAACGAAUUUAAAAAUGAUAUUAAUAAUACUGACGAAGAGUUGAACGGAUUUCUGGACUAUAUAAAGGAAGCUUGGCUGUACUGUAAAAAGAAACUUUGUUGUAUAAUUUUGUAAUUGACUAUGGCUUGACACAGUUGCUAGUGUAUGCAACUGUAAGAAAUCGGAAUCUGAACUGAACGAGUGUUGGUACAUUUUUCUUUUACUGUUAAAUAUACUUCUUAUAUAACUCGUCUCAGAGGACGAAAUCGUUUUGAUAUUUAGAAAGCAACAGUCAAAAUAAAAAAGAUUCGGUUUGAUUGUACCUGUUUAUGAGAGGAAAUGAAAUAUGCAGCACCCCUCAUGCCCAAGGCACAGACUUAAGUGGAAUCCUAAUGAUACAGAUAUGUCGGAUGUACUCCAUUUUCCCAAAGGGCCAUUUAAUAUAGCAACACCGAGUCCACGUACUGGAAGACAUUUUACAAUCACCACACGACACUUGAAGACUACUGUUUUAAUAGUUAAUAGAUAUAAGAAGAUCUUUUGGAAACAUUGAACGCAACAAAGCAAACAAUAGCGACAUGGCGUGAUUGUGCCUCUUCACGAGAAUUAAUUAAUUGUGCAAUACCACUGACACCUCAAGCAUCGCCAUAAGCGAAAUUUUAUAAAUAUAGAUGCUUUUGAUGCAUAGAGACAAUACCCUUUACACACUCUAGCACCGUCUUAAGCGAAAUGAAUAAUACAGAUACAUUGAAUUGACUCCAUGAUAAUAAAGAAAUAAAACAAUAUAAAUCAAACAAAAUCUAAAACCAAGUAUAUUGAAAUUCUUACGACUGCCACACGUCAUCUUUAUAAAUACUGCUGCUAUACUUUCUAUAUAAAGCAUCUUUUGAAAGCAACAAAUCAAAAUGAUAGCAGAGCCUAUUCAUUAGAUAUAACGAAAUGCGCAACACCUCUCACAUCCCAUAGCACAGGCUUAAGCGGAGCUCUGUUAUACAGAUACGUUGAGUAGAAUCCAUUAUCUUAAAGGACCAGAAAAUAUAAUAACAUAUUGUCCAAGUACAAGUUUGUCAAUACGAUCUAUGAACAUAAAUAUUUUUUUUAUGUAUUUAAAUACCACACAUGGCGUAGUCAACCAGAAGUCUCUGUUGCAAAUUGUCGUUAUUCAAAGGUUAUCAGUUCUGAAAACGUGAAAUUAUUGAUGUUUAGAGGCGGUAUUUCGCCAGUGAACAAUUUAUCAUUUAUCUAUAAGGUAUAAUUGAGAAAGCUGUCCUCUUUCAAUUUAAUGUCCCUGUGAACUCGUCGGCCUUACCUGUCUGUACAUCCGUCCGUAUGUAUGUCAAAAAUGUA